GUCGAGUUCAGAAACUGCAUGGAUGGAUGGACCACCGGACUCUGAAGGAGAUCCCAAAGUUCUGGAAGAAUCUAGACUCAUAAGAAAACGAAGGUAUUCUUGACUACAAUGUUAUGGAUGCAAUAACUUUGUUCCAAAGAUUGGAAAUUCUUUUGUACAAUGAAUUAGGGGCUUUCGGGAAAAUACGUAACCCAGAUCGAAUGUCCAGGAUUGUGUAAGGGCAUUCUGAGCUUCUGCUUGUAGAUUGAGACUGCGGGAGAAGAAUAUUGGGAACCGAGUAAGUGGAUUAAUCUCAUAAGAGCAUGUUUAAUUUGCUAGGAUAGGACAUGUCUAAAUGGGGUACAUUGGUGUUGUGGCAGGCUUAUUCAAUGUAUGAUCAUAUACUGUAACUAAACCCUACAUACAUAUAAAUACAAACUUUUAAGGGAUAUACCUGUAACAAUAACUUCUAUGAAUACCAAGCAUACAUUAGCACUGUCUUUGCAUUAUACCUUGAACAGUCAUCAACAAGGACAAUCUUUAAUCAAUAAAAUAAUGUCAUAGAUCGCUUAGAAACAGGGCCGAAUUGCUUUAUAAUUCUCAGUACAUUUGUAAAACUAUGCUAUUAAACAGAUAACCAAUUCACCAAAUCCACAAUUAUUAAAUAUAAUAUCAGAACAACCAACAAUAUCAAUAUGCUUAAAGGACCACUAUAGGCACCCAGACCACUUCAGCUUAAUGAAGUGGUCUGGGUGCCAGGUCCAGUUAGGAUUAACCCUUUCUUCUAUAAACAUAGCAGUUUCAGAGAAACUGCAAUGUUUAUAAUAGGGUUAAUCCAGCCUCUAGUGGCGGUCUCAUUGACAGCCGCUAGAGGCGCUUCCGCGCUUCUCACUGUGAUUUUCACAGUGAGAAGACGCCAGCGCCCAUUAAGAAUGCUUUCCUAUGGACUGGCUGAAUGGUGCGUGGCUCAUGCCGCGCAUGCGCAUUCAGCUGAUGACGACGAGAAGGAGGAGGAGAGUCCCCUGCCCAGUGCUGGAAAAGGAGGUAAAUUUAACCCCUUCCACCCCCUAGAACACGGCAGGAGGGGGGGCCCUGAGGGUGGGGGGGACCUAGAAACCCUAUAGAGCCAGGAAAAUGAGUAUGUUUUCCUGGCACUGUAGUGGUCCUUUAAAUAGAAAAUUACUAACACGCAAAAGUCUGCUAAAUAUCAAUAAACAUACAACACCAAAGUACACACCAAUUCUUAAUGGGAACAAAAAUAAUUACGGCAAAAGAAAAAUGACUUCAUAUUCAUUAUAUCAUAUGCUAAUUAGGCAUGAUAAGUUCCAUUUAUUUUAGAUAGUACAUCAGUCAAACAUUUUUCAUCUACCAUCUAAAAUUAGUUUAUAUUAUAUCACAGUUAUGAUAAGUUGCUAUAGUGCUAUAAAGUUACAUACAUACAUAUAUAUAUAUAUAUGUAUAUAUAUAUAUAUAUAUAUAUAUAAGAAAACCGAGAUGCUUACACUCCUGGAUUAGAGAGUAAUUGCCCGGUGCUGGUCAGACACAGGAUACAAAAAAAUGAUUGGAAAUGACCGCACUUCAAGGACUUGAUGAUAGUAAAGAUUAAAUACAACUUUUAUUCUAUAUAAUUUAAAAAUAUUAACGUUUCAGCCCUAAUACAUGGGCUUUCAUCAGGAAGGCAAUAAAAAAAUUAUAUUUAUAUUUUAUUUUUACUAUCAUCAAGUCCUUGGAGUGCGGUCAUUUCCAAUAAUUUUUUUAUAUAUAUAUAUAUACAUACAGUGAGGGAAAAAAGUAUUUGAUCAUCUGCUGAUUUUGAACAUUUGUCCACUGACAGCAAAUGAUCAGUCUAUCAUUUUAUGGUAGGUGUAUUUUAAUAGCGAGAGACAGAAUAAAAAAAAAAAAUAAUAAUAUAAAUCCAGAAAAAUGUAUGUCAAAAAAGUUAUAAAUUGAUUUGCAUGUCAAUGAGUGAAAUAAGUAUUGAUCCCCUAUCAAUCAUGUUCUAUCAUUGUUAUUCCUGGCUUUGUCUGCAGCACUAGGGGGCUGGACUCCAUCUGUGGCUGAUACCUGUGCUUCACCUGAGGCAGAUCACUAAUUAACCGGGUAUUUAAACACUACCUUGACCUGUGAACUUGGUUAGUUCUUUGAUUCUGGUGAUCAUGUGUUGUUCCUGUUUUUUCUCCUGAACUAGCUCUCCAUAUUGACCCUGGCUCCUGACCUUGGCUUCCCUCCUUGUUUAUCCUGACCUCUGGCAUCCUCUGACUUUGGCUUAUCCUCAACAAUCCUUCUGCUUGUGUCCUUGUCUGUACUGCGAAUUGGAGCAUCUUUCAUGCACAGCCUCUGGGCACAGAUUCACAGUCCUGGUGGUUUCUAACCUCAUCACCUUGGACUAUGUUUAUCUGCAAGGGUGAGCACACAUCUCUGCCUACAGGACACAGGUAAGACCCUGAUAGAAUGCUGCCUAUGACCCCAAGAACACCAUCCCCACCAUGAAACAUGGAGGUGGAAACAUUAUGCUUCAACUGUGUUUUUCUGCUAAUGGGACAGGUAAAACUGCACCACAUCAAAGAUAUAAUGGACAAGGCCAUGUACUGUCAAAUCUUGGGUGAGAACCUCCUUCCCUCAGCCAGGGCAUUAAAAAUGGGUCAUGCAUGGGUAUUCCGGCAUGACAAUGACCCAAAAGACACAGCCAAGGCAACAAAGGAGUCGUUCAAGAAGAAGCACAUUAAGGUACUAGAGUGGCCAGCCAGUCUCCAGACCUUAAUCCAAUAGAAAAUCUGUGGAGGGAGCUGAAGGUUUGAGUUGCCAAACGUCAGCUUUCGAAACCAUAAUGACUUGGAGAGGAUCUGCAAAGAGGAGUGGGAUAAAAUCCCUCCUGAGAUGUGUGCAAACCUGGUGCCCAACUAAAAGAAACGUCUGACCUCUGUGAUUGCCAUCAAGGGUUUUGACAGCAAGUAUUAAGUCGAAGGGGUCAAAUACUUAUUUCACUCAAUAACAUGCAAAUCAAGUUAUAACUUUUUUGAAAUAUGUUUUUUCUGUAUUUUAUUUGGUUUCUGUCUCUCACUGUUAAAAUAAACAUAACAUUAAAUUUAUAGACUGAUCAUUUCUUUGUCAGUGGGCAAACGUUCAAAAUCAGCAGAGUAUCAAAUACUCUUUUACCUCACUGUACAUCUUGCAAAUACACACAAAUGUGCACUCCCAGACACACAUACAAACAUAGACUAUCAAAAACGCACCCCAAGUACACACAGAUACUACGUUUUUCCCCAAACUUGAAAUUCUCCUGCUAACAGGGGAGUGUGGCUUCAAUGCUGGAGUCCUCUGGAGCCUACUAAAUCUACUUAGGGGGAAGUGCCAUCCCCACAAAUAUUGGCACGUAGCUUCUACUACAGGGAUACAGGGCUCUGAAAACGGUGAGCACUUUACUUAUUCUCCCCACUGCACCAAUUGAGACAGACUGCACAUUUGUUCCCUUCUCUCUAUGUUUUAUCUUUGAGAUACAUCAUAUCAUGGAUUGCAGGUGUGAUGUUGCCUUAAAAGCAUAUAAGGCUGGUUAUGGAGCCAGUGUUCACAUACAUGCUCCUUUAAAAAUGAGUGCUCCACUUCACGACCAUUUUAUCUGAUUUUAUUUUUAUGUUCCAUCUGCACUAUAUAGCCUUUUCUAUUUUUUUCACAUGUACUGCAUACUAAGCUUGCUAUCAAGUUAUACUGGACAAUUUUAGUCUAGGUUUUGACUAUCUAUUGUGCAAGAUAAUGCAUCAUAGGCUUAAAGGACCACUCUAGGCACCCAGACCACUUCAGCUUAAUGAAGUGGUCUGGGUGCCAGGUCCAGCUAUGGUAAACCCAUUUUUUUAUAAACAUAGCAGUUUCAGAGAAAGUGCUAUGUUUAUAUAUGGGUUAAGCCUUCCUCCAAAGCCUCUAGCGGCUGUCUUAUUGACAGCCGCUAGAGGCGCUUGCGUGCUUCUCACUGUGAAAAUCACAGUGAGAGCACGCAAGUGUCCAUAGGAAAUAAUUGAUAAUGCUUUCCUAUGCGACCGGCUGAAUGCGUGCGCAGCUCUUGCCGCGCGUGCGCAUUCAGCCGAGUGGCGGAGAAGAGGAGGAUCGGAAGAGGAGAGCUCCCGGCCCAGCGCUGGAAAAAGGUUAGUUUUUACCCCUUUCCCCUUUCCAGAGCCGGGCGGGAGGGGGACCCUAAGGGUGGGGGCACCCUCAGGGCACUAUAGUGCCAGGAAAAUGAGUAUGUCCUUUAAAAGAACAUAGAAUAUUUGAUACAGUCCUAACCUCAACAUUUGACAAAAGGGAUUUAGGGGUGAUUAUUUCAGAUGGCUUAGGUAGAGCAGCAGGACAUGCUAGCAGAAUGCUUGGUUGUAUAGGGAGUUGUAUUAGCAGUAGAAAGAGGGAAGUGCUCAGGCCAGUGUACAGAACACUGGUGAGACCUCACUUAGAGUAUUGUACUGUAAACAGACUACCCACAAUGAAUAUAUUUGCAGCCAAGCGAGCUGCGAGUUUGACAUGUUAAGGCAUAGUAGGCACCUGCUCUCCCCACAUUGCAGGUGCCUUCUCUACUAAAAUUUAACUGGCCAGGUGAAGAGGAAAGAGGAUGCAGCGAGGGAGCUCGGUCUUUUUGCUCCUCACUGCUCUUUUGUGCACGCCCUCUGUAGUGAUGUUGGGUGCCGGAGUAUGACGUCAUUCUAGCCCGGCAUCACUAAACUGCACGUGUGGAGCAGGAAGGGAGACACCACACCAGCUCCCAAAGGGAGGGAGCAACACACUGAUUUGUGAGUGAACAAGAAUGUGUAAAUGUGUGUGUCUGUGAGUGUGAGUCUCUGUCUGUGAGUGUGUGUCUGUCUGUCAGUGAAUGCGUGUGUGUGUUGGUUAGUGUUGCAAUGGCCGUGGCUGGACAGUGGAGGACCUGGAUGCGCACUGAGGCACGCAACGCCACUUCGCUUUUUUUUUUUUUUUAAAACAGGGGCUGGAAUUUAGUAUAGAAGGGGAGAAUGGGGUUUAGUAGAGGAGGGUGCUGGGUUUCAACUGUACUUUUCCAAAUAAACCUACGUUUCUAUGAAGAUGUUAGUUUUGUUUUUGCGGCCCACAUAAACUUAAACUUUGUAUAUUUGGCCCGUGCAAGCCUUUGAGUUUGACAUGCUUGUUGUAGGCAGUACUGGAGACCGUAUCUACAGAAGAAUAUUGAUACUUUCAAAAGAGUUCAGAAGGGCUACAAAACAGGUUCAUGGAUUGCAAGGUAAAACGUACCAGGAAAGGUCAAAGAAUAUUAACAUGUAUAGCUUGGAGGAAAGACGAGACAGGGGGGAUAGGAUAGAAACAUUUAAAUACAUAAAGGGAAUCAACACAGUAAAGGAGAAGACUUUAUUUAAAAGGAGAAAAACCACCACAACAAAAGGACAUAGUCUUAAAUUAGAAGGGCGAAGGUUUAAAAAUAACACCAGGAAGUAUUACUUUACUGAGAGGGUAGUGGAUACAUGGAAUAGCCUUCCAGCUGAUGUGGUAGAGGUUAACACAGUGAAGGAGUUUAAGCAUGCGUGGGAUAGGCAUAAGGCUAUCCUAACUAUAACAUAACUAAGAUAACUAAUAUAGCUAUAAGAUAAGACUAAGGACUAAUGAAAGUAUUUAGAAAAUUGGGCAGACUAGAUGGGCCAAAUGGUUCUUAUCUGCUGUCACAUUCUAUGUUUCUAACUAUCUAGUAGUCCAUCUUACUGUCUAUUAUGUUUUAGAUUUUUAGAUUUUUCAGUCUCUGUGUAAGUACGUUGGAUCAGAUUCCUAUUACUUAGAUGGCAGUGAACAAACAAUUGAAAGUUGCACAGUGCAUUCCAUUACCCCAGUAACCUUUCUUAAGGACAAUGAUUAUGCUAUAAAAUUUAACAUACAGGAUACAACAAGCAUGUUUUGCUUGGCUGACUGCUUGACCUCAAUAUACCACUGAAUGCAUUUAAAAAAAAUAAAAAAAUAGAACAGUCAGCUAAACAAACAACACAUUUCAGUUAUUUUCUAUGUAGUUCAGGCCUUCAACAACGUCGAUAUAAGUGACCACAUGUAGACAAGCAGGGUAAUUUACUAAAGUGAGAAUUCAAAGUAAAUUUCUAAUUUAAGGUCAAAGUAUGUGGAAGCAUAGCUGCCUUGGAGAAUAGGUUGUUGUGGACUUAAAUGUGAAAUUCACUUUGAAUUUUCACUUUAGUGAAUAACAAUAAAGGCAAAUUUUAAGUUUAAUAUUGAUAAUAUUGGUAAUAUUGGAUGGAUGUCAUGUGUGACGGAUCGUCUGUCAAUCGAUGCUCCUAGCGCUUACCAAGAACCAUCAGCACUGCACCGGACACCAUAACCACCGCAGACGUCACGAACCGCCGUAGCUUAGUUGGGGUCUCGCCGUCUCCUUCCCACCCUGGUCCAACCUCUAGAUCCAGGAUGGUGUGGGAAGGACCUCUCCAGGAGAGUAUAGCUGUGGGAAGGACCUCUCCUCCCGGAGAGUAUAGCUGCAUAGCCGAAGAGAGCUCUUUCAAGUGCUAGCAGUGAUAUAGCAGAUAAGGCUGCGAGUUGAGGGUAAGAAGGUCUGGUUUAUUGAGCAUUUUCUUUUAUACACAUUUUCAGUCCAGAGGCACAGCCCCCUGGACCUGAUGGAACACAUGGACAAAAGAGACACAACCCAAUAGGAACAAUAAUUAUCACAGUAACACUCCCACCUACAGUCAGAAGGUGAAGGUAAAGUUCAGCGGUGUUUGUGUCGUCGCGUUUCCGAUUUGAGUUCCAUGAACUCGACGACCAAACACAGCUGAACGAUCCGGCCACUAUCCGAAGUGCCACUUCAAAAGUGCAGAUCCUUUCCAAUAGAAUUUAAACGGCAGAAACAGUGUUUUAGAAUCCAAUAUGCCCAAAUAGUGUUUUUAAAGGGCAAUCCAUCCCAAGGGCCAUAGUCACAGGGCAAGAGGCUGGCAAGCAGGCCUCUCCAAAACCCAGUGGCGAAGUGCAAUUCGUCACAUCAUGUGAAUCUUAUCUAUACCUGGGAUCAACAUCUUCUCUGCACUGUGGUCAGAAAAGGUAUGAAGUUAUAUAACAUUGUGGGCAUUUGGAAAUAAAAAUCUUUCGAUGGGUAAAAGCUUAACACGCUUACAUAACUAAAGAUAAUCCUUGGUUAGGACAUUUUUAAAAAAUUUUUUUUUACUAUUACUGGACAUAUCCAAGCUGGUGGAUACCCCAUUCACUGAGCUUUUACGGUCAUAAUUUCACUUGGUAUAAUAUGUUUAUAAAGCUCAUUAAAUACCAGGGCAAAUGGUAGCACUAUUUACGUUUAUGUUUAACAACAUUUCUCAUAAGUUCGUGUCUACCUGAAUGGAAUUUUUCCAUAUCCAUAUGCUUUGACGGUAAACUUUAAUCACCAAAACAGCUACAGGUUAAUGAAGUCGUCUUUGUGCAUACAUCAUGUCCCUGAAAUCUCACUGAUUGUGUAUCUGCUAUUUAGGGGAUAAAUCCUUUGGUUACACCUUUUAGAACAGAGAACUUUGAUACAUUACCACAAAUGUGUCGAGGAUCUAUUUGAAAAUUAAAUGUUUUUUUUUCUAUUGGGAUCACAGCCAGGAGGGGUAUUCACUGCACAAUAUAGUGCAUUUAUACUAAACAAUUUUUUGUGUGUAAUUGCCUGUUCUCCAACCAGUAGAGACCCAAUAAAAAUGUUAACAAUCCAGUCAAACAAAAAUGUAACAUGCAGCAAGAUGCUGUGUUUUUGUUUGACUGGAUUGUUUUAUAUUCUUUUAUGCUAUUAUUGGUUUCUGAAGAAGUCUAUACAUAUAGCUGAUGAAAUGCAUAAGACUUAUAUUUGUUCUUAUUUGUUCUUAAUUGCGGAAUAAAUCCUUUAGAAUUUGCACCAUUACUUGGAAUUUGGAAUCGAACAAUGACAAAUGUAAAGUUGCUGCAUUGUUCAGCUGUAUAUUAUUUUUUUAUUAAUUGUACUUAUUAGUGUUUAUUUGCUAAAGUGAGAAUUCAAAGUGGAUUUUCAAUUUACAGCACUACUAAAGGCACCCGAUCUCAAUGAAGUGGUUUGGGUGCAGUGAUGCUGUAAUUUUAACCUUUUUACAAGCUUUGAAGCUUUCCGUUUAUGCCAAAGGAGAUCCUUUUACAUUCAAGGAGCGAGGUUGUGACCCACCAGCAUAUCAGGGGGAGAAACCAUGAUAUGCUUGUUAAGCCCUACUUCUUGUGAGUGCAAAUGAAUGCAUUUGGAGCGUAUUCACUAAACUAACACUUACCUAUAAAGCUCUAACCAACUCUAGCCCCUGUUACAUUUCUUCCUGGAUUCAUAGGUAUGCCCCUUCUCGAUCUCUCUCUGCUCUGCUGGUGUCUCCUGUCCGCUGCUCGCACCCUUACUGCUAACCCGCGCUUGCAGGACUUCUUGCGGGUGGCUCCCUUACUUUGGAACAGCCUGCCUACCCCAUCAGACUCUCCCCUAGUAUUCAUUUGUUUAAGAAGUCCCUCAAAACACAUCUGUUCAGAAAUGCUUAUGGAGUCCCAGAGUAACUUAUCUUUACUUAUCCAAAACUGUCUCUUGCUCUCCUAAAGAGCCAUACUCCACUCUCAACUCCAACUCUGCUACUUUCCCACCUUGUUUGGUGGCUGUCACCCUUGCUGCCCUGUUGUGUAUUUGUACCCCACCUCAUCUAGACUGUAAGCUCAUUUGAGCAGGGCCCUCAUCUACCUAUUGUUCCUGUGUCACUGUGUAAUAGUCUCAUUUAUUGUAAAUCUCCCCCUUUCAUAAUAUUGUAAAGCAUGCAGAAUUAGUUGGCGCUACAUAAAUACCAAUAAUAAUAAUAAUAAUAAUAAUAAUAAUAAUAAACGGUGUAAUGCUAUUAUUGCUUAAAAUUUUAUACCUCAGCUGUAUUCAAUUUUGUAUUUUUGAAUAUCUGGUUAUACAAGAAACCAUACAGGAAGGUCUAGCACAUUAAAAGGUAAGUAUCCUACAUACAAUUAAAAGUGAUAUUUGUGAGAGCACUCCGAGAGAAAUUUAAAUGGGAUACUUGUAUAUUUUACAUAUAUUUCUUUUUGGUAGUAAACCUCUUAGUUUUAUCCACUGACACAUGUACAGAAAGUUUAUUCCUUAGGGUAACUUUGUUUCAAUGUUUUCAAUAUUGGUUAUAUUAAGAAACAUUAUCAUUAGAGAAACAAGAUAACCAAAAUAUAAGAAAACUUGAAAAAUAAUAGAAAUUAACUGCUAUACAAUUCAGUUUAAUUUUUUAUUUUUUUUAGAAUUGAAUUUAGUAAUACAAAAUGAUAAAUUGUUGUGAUUUUGGUAGGUAGGGAAUAGAUGGUGGCUGAGGCUAAGUCCAUUGAUCCUGCUGACAUAAAACUAGGAGCUGGGUGGGGGGCUCUCUCCUAGAGGAUGUACCAUUGCAGAACGUGCAGAAUUUCGACCAUUGCAACAACGCGGCAGUGAGGGAUUUCUGUGAGCUACAGGUGGGGGUGCCUUCUAACCCAAUGCUACAGCUUUGGUUAUCACAACUGAACUGUACACUUUUACUUUAAUUUGCCAAACAAAUCCAAAGUGCACCAAGACUUACCAUGGUUUGAAGACUUUUGCAUGGGUACAGCAGAUGUGGAAUGCAGGGUCAAAACCCUUUAUCAACAAUUACUAGUGGGUACCUUGAAACAGGAACACAGGAACUCCUUUAAGAGACAGUGGGAAGGACUCCUUUAAGAGACAGCAGAAAGUCUCUGUGACAUCUCAGACCUUCUCCAACACCCAAUGGGAGAAGAUCCUUAUUUUAGAACAUAAAAGCGCAAUAAGCUCCAAAUACCAAGAGAUCAGUUUUAAACUGAUCUCACACUGGUAUCGUACUCCAGCUUUUCACCACCGAAACUUCCCCCCGAUCCCUGAGGAUUGCCUGAUAUGCAAUUCUGCAGUCAGUUCCGUACAACAUACAGUAUAUGGUGGGAUUGUCCCGAGAAAAUACCUUACUGGAAUGAGGUCAACAGAGUAGUGAUUGAGAUUCUGGAUGAAAGACCCAAAUUUCCUGCACUAAGAAUGUGCUUCUACACUCAACUUAACUGUCCCUCUCUCAAUAUAAAAAAAUAAAUUCUGAGGCACCUGCUUAACGCGUCCAAAUCAUUGGUGCCUGCCCUCUAGAAACAGACGAGCCCUCAGCCAUCAACCAAUGGUUGCUACUGGUUGAAGAGAUUCACUCUGCAAAAGCCAAACAGGAAGAGUUUUUGGGCCAAGGCAUCAAACAUGCGGAGCACUAAUACCUUUGGUAUGCCUACUUGGUGCAUGUAGAGACUGGGGGUGUUGCACAGGCCUUUAGCUGAAGUGUGGCAGAGGAACCCGCGCAUCCUACACACAUUGCUUCUCUUCUUUUAUUUCCUCUUCUAUCUUAUUUAUGCUUAAUCCAGGUCUCUUACCUAAUUGAAGCUUCACUGAUGUGGCCUGGAUGCGGGCUCUGGCAAUAGGAACACACACUCAAAGUGGGUAUAACUCACUACGUAACUAUACAUACAGUCUUUACUUGAAAUCCAAUGUUCGGGAUGUAACUGAUGGUCCCAUACCGGCGAUAGCGCUAUUUAACACCAGGCUCGGCUAAGGUGCUGGUCCAUGCCGCUGUUCUUUCUCACCUAGACUACUGCAAUCCCCUUCUCAGUGGUCUUAUGUGUUCCCAGAUUGCACUGCUGCAAUCUAUAAUAAACACGGCGGCGGGGCUCAUUUUCCUGUCCACCUGCACCUCCCCCCUCUGUCAGUCCCUACAUUGCCUUCCAGUUAUAUAUAGGACUCAAUUUAAGAUUCUGGUGCUUGCUUACAAGUCCCCACAUAAUGCUGCUCCAACCUACCUAUCCUCCCUAAUACACAAGAAUUGUCCCGUUGAGGCCCCUGCGCUCUGCCAAAGACCUACAUCUAUCCUCUAUCUGUACUCCCACAUCUGAUGCUUGCCUCCAAGACCUCUCCAGGGCUGCACCUUUUCUGUGGAACUCCCUUCCCUUCACCGUUAGACUUUUACACAGUCUCCACUCCUUAAAAAAAAAUCCUUAAAAACACACUUCUUCAGGAAAGCAUAUCAUUUAAACUGUUAGCGGGUUUUUAUCAUUUAUAAAUAUUAAAAUAAUAAUAAGAAAGUUCCUCUCUCUGAAGCACUGCUAAAACUGUAACUCACAUAAUAGACCCAUACAAUAUAUUGGAUUAAGACCAGUCCUACACUAUACCACUAUACCAUGUUGCCUGGCUCUUCAUUCACAGCUUACAUGUUUGCAGACCAGGUUAAAGCUUUCCUUUUUUCUUUGUAAUGUUGUAAAUGUAAGGUGUAACAACCUUUUGCAGUUGUCAUGAGCACCUAUGGUGCACACUAAUUAUUUGCACCCCCCAUAUUAAUAUGCAAUGUAGAAAGCGAAGUGCCAAAUGUCGGGAUUCCUGCGAGCCUCCGUAUCCUUCUAAACAAUAUUGUUUUCUCAUAACUCUUUACUUUGUUCAUACAUGUCAUGUCUUUCUUAUCUGUGCAAACUCAAUAAAAAUUCUGAUUUACAAAAGAAAAGAAAGAGGGGAAAAAAAGAGAGAAAAUGGGAAUAAAUGGUGGUGUUAUUAGCCACUGACCAUCACAUGGUGAAUAAGGCAUAGAUGUUCCCUUUUCUCAUGGUUUUAUAUAUUAUACUUAUUUUGGGAAGGUUGUGACCACUGAAAUCCUUAGCUGUCAGUGGUCAGAAAAAGUAACUGUGGUUCCCUGUUGUGCAAUCCUCAGAGAUCAAAGAAGAGUUUAGCAUAGUUUUUAAUGGACUUUCCAGAUUUGCCACCUGAUCAAAUCUCACGUGGCUGCUCACACACUGAAUUCCUUCCAAAGAUGGUGGUAUUAAAAGCAUCUGGGAUUUGGGCGCAGUUUGCAACCACAUUGGAAAAACUGUGAUCACUUUUUCUGCGGCUCACUAAAUUGAGCUUUUUUUUCUGUUAAAAUGUUGAAGAAACAAUUAUACACAAUGAAAACUCAGCAGUGAAUGGUGUCAUCUGUUAGAGGAACAUGAUGAAGACAGAUGUUUUCCAUUGUAAGUCACAGGCAGACGCCUUCUGCAGCAUCCCUGCUCAUUAAUUAUCUGUCACCAUCCAUGAUAACUACAUACCUAAGUGAUGAUCCGUUUCAAUUCAAAUAAUCUAAUUGAUUUUUGAACAUACAUAUACAGGUUUUAGUAACCAUUAAAGGUUUUGAUGGAUUUGAUUAAUAUUUCGAUUGUGAAUUUUGCUCUGUGACAUACAGUACAAUUUACAGCCUAAAGUAGUACGAUUUACAUAGAUAUAUUUGUAAUUAAUGAAUGUGUUGCCUUUUUUGCUGUGAGUGAUGAUAACGAACAUAAAAUUGUAUUUUUUAGGUAUUGCUAGCUUCUAUUCCUAGCAAUAAAGCUAUUGGUACUUCAUUUUUUUGCCUUACCAAAACUUAAAGAAUUUACCAGGAUGAACCCACUCCUUAAAUGAACACUAUAUGCACCAGACCACUUCAUUUAAAUUCUGAGCAUGCGCAUAAGGUUCCCAAUGCUCCUCUGUGAGGAGCAUUGGAUUGGACAUUGCGGACAUCAUUGGAGGAAUAAGGAUUUAAUCACCUUGUUCCUUGGCGCUGCUGUUCAUAGCAAAUCCUCAUUUAUUUAUUUAUUUAUUUAUUUCUACGUGGGCUGUGUGUUUAUCUACCAGUAGUGGGGCUAGAAGGCUUGAAGUCUUGUAAAUUUGAUGCAGAAUCGUCAGAAACAGAGAAUAGCAUUACAGUUAUUUCCUAAACCUCUGGCCAAUUGUCUAUUUAUGAGCCCAGUCUUUCAAACCAUAUCAAGGAAGAUAACACUUUUGGAAGCAUCACCCUAACAGUAUGGUUUAAAGACUUAAAGACCUACUAAUGACAGCAAAUCUAGUCAGUGAAUUAGCACACUCUGUGCUCCUUGUUUCGUUAUCAACUUGUGUUGGCUAUUUGUCAGUUUUAUAGAUGCACAACAGAUAACAUCUUUUUUUUAAAAAUAUUUUUAUUAACCUGCUUUUAAAUCAGUUUGAGGAGGUGAAAUUAUGUAUGCAAGGGAGUUCAUAUGGUGGACUAACUUGGCAGAGGGAGGGAGAGAACCUCACCUGGAAUCUGGAUUUACCACAAAAGGAAUCAAACAAAGGGCUGUUGUAAAAAAUGUUUGUCUUGUCUUGUCUGUUAGUUCAGUAAAGGGACACUCCAUUUAAAGAAAAGUACGAGAACAGGCACUCCGUCUGAUACUGGAGGGUGUGUGCGCUCGCUCCCUGUGGUGAAAACUGUAAUUGCAGACAAUUACUAUAGCUGCCGGGUUCACUUACCCAAGAAACAAUUGUUAAAGCAGAGUGAGAGAGGAAGCCCAGGGUGUUUCUCAACGCAUUUUCUCUUCAAAUCAGCACUCAAAUAAGACAAGGAGGACCUCCUAAUCAUCUGUAAAGCUAUAGAUGAUUCCAGUAAGCAUGAACCAUCUUGCAUAUCAUGUUAUGGGUAUACACAAGGCAAAAUGAGACAGCAUCUUGGUCCAGAUGAACCCACAAUGUUGUGACUUGAGUUAAUGACAGGACUAUUACUCUUGAUAGGCUUAAACGUAUUACUAAAUUGCAAUCUUUAAAGGACCACUAUAGUGCCAGGAAAACAUACUAAUUUUCCAGGCACUAUAGUGCCCUGAGGGUGCCCCCACCCUCAGGGUCCCCCUCCCGCCGGGCUCUGGGGAGAGGAAGGGGUUAAAAUCUUACCUUUCUCCAGCCCCGGGCGGGGAGCUCUCCUCCUCCUCUCCUCCAUAGCGACGUCAUCGGCUGAAUGCGUAUGCGCUGCAGGAGCCACGCGCGCAUUCAGCCAGUUCAUAGGAAAGCAUUUACAAUGCUUUCCUAUGGACGCUGGCGUCUUCUCACUGUGAUUUUCACAGUGAGAAGCACGCAAACGCGUCUAGCGGCUGUCAAGAGACAGCCACUAGAGGCUGGAUUAACACUAUUUUAAACAUAGCAGUUUCUCUGAAACUGCUAUGUUUAUUUAAAAAAGGGUUAAUCCUAGAUGGACCUGGCACCCAGACCACUUUAUUAAGCUGAAGUGGUCUGGGUGCCUAUAGUGGUCCUUUAAGUUUGGAUGAAUAAAUUGCAAUCUUUAAGUUUGGAUUCCAAUAUUGUUGAAUGGGUAAGGCAGUGGCUGAGUGACAGGCAACAGAGGGUUGUAGUCAGCGGAGUAUAUUCGAAGUUUGGGCUUGUCACCAUUGGGGUACCUCAGGGAUCUGUACUUGGACCAAUUCUCUUUAAUAUUUUUAUUAGUGAUAUUGCAGAAGGUCUUGAUGGUAAGGUAUGUCUUUUUGCUGAUGAUACUAAGAUAUGUAACAGGGUUGAUGUUCCAGGAGGGAUAAGCCAAAUGGCAAAUGAUUUAGGUAAACUAGAAAAAUGGUCAGAGUUGUGGCAACUGACAUUUAACCCCUUAAGGACACAUGACGGAAAUAUUCCGUCAUGAUUCCCUUUUAUUCCAGAAGCUGUGUCCUUAAGGGGUUAAUGUGGAUAAGUGCAAGAUAAUGCAUCUUGGACAUAAAAACCCAAGGGCAGAGUACAGAAUAUUUGAUAGAGUCCUAACCGCAACAUCUGAGGAAAAGGAUUUAGGGGUGAUUAUUUCUGAUGACUUAAAGGGAAUCAGAAAAUGUAAUAGAGCAGCAGGAAAUGCUAGCAAAAUGCUUGGUUGUAUAGGGAGAGGUAUUAGCAGUAGAAAGAGGGAAGUGCUCAUGCCAUUGUAUAGAACACUGGUGAGACCUCACUUGGAGUAUUGUACUCAGUACUGGAGACCGUUUCUUCAUAAGGAUAUUGAUACUUUAGAGAGAGUUCAGAGAAGGGCUAUUAAACUGGUUCAUGGAUUGCAUGAUAAAACUUACCAGGAAAGGUUAAAGGAUCUUAACAUGUAUAGCUUGGAGGAAAGACAAGACAGGGGGGAUACGAUAGAAACAUUUAAAUACAUAAAGUGAAUCAACACAAUAAAGGAGGAGACCAUAUUUAAUAGAAGAAAAACUACCACAACAAGAGGACAUAGUUUUAAAUUAGAGAGACAAAGGUUUAAAAAUAAUAUCAGGAAGUAUUACUUUACUGAGAGGGUAGUGGAUGCAUGGCAUAGCCUUCCAGCAGAAGUGGUAGAGGUUAACACAGUAAGGAGUUUAAGCAUGCAAGGGAUAGGCAUAAGGCUAUCCUAACUAUAAGAUAAGGCCAGGGACUAAUGAAAGUAUUUAGAAAAUUGGGCAGACUAGUUGGGCAGAAUGUUUCUUAUCUGCCAUAACAUUCUAUGUUUCUAUGUUACUCCAAGUAUUGCAAGCUACAUUCUUUUUUAGGGAAAGUGAGCUUUAGUGACAAGUUCUGCGGAACUUGUUUUUCUACAAAAAUCAUUUAACCCCUUAAGGACACAUGACAUGUGUGACAUGUCAUGAUUCCCUUUUAUUCCAGAAGUUUGGUCCUUAAGGGGUUAAAGAACCACUAUGGGCACCCAGACUACUUCAGCUUAAUGAAGUGGUCUGGGUGCCAGGUCCCUCUGGGUUUAACCGUGCCUGCUGUAAACAUAGCAGUUUCAGAGAAGUGUUUAACUCCUUCCUCUCCAUCCAGCAGGGCGGGAGUGGGACCCUGAGGGUGGGGGCACCCCUUGUUUUCCUGGCACUAUAGUGGUCCUUUAAGUACUGUCAACAGACUCACAGCAAAUCUUUAGAAACAUAUAUUAGGUUGGUUGAAACUAGAUAAUGCAAAAUAGAUAAGUUAUUAAUUCAUCAUGCACAAAAAAGAGUCCUGCGCUCAGACUCCCACUAGUCCUGGAUGGCAGCAAUGACCACAGCACACAUCAGCCAUACAUACAAUAAAAAACAUAUAAAAGUUACUUGCGCAAUAUUCCAAAUCCCUAUGCAUAGGGAUUUGGAAUAUUGCGCAAGUAACGUUUUUCUUUGGUAUUAAUUUAUCAUAUCAAUGUUUAUCCUACAAUUAUCUGUGAAUGCAUGGACUUCCUCAGGGUAACAACAAUCCGUCUGUUAUUCAGAGUUAUGAAUACAGGAUUAUUGUGCCCCUGAGGACGUUAUGAAUACAGAUGGAUUAUUGUGCCCCUGAGGAAGUCCAUGCAUAUGGAAGAAACGCGUAGGGCUUAAACUGUAUUAUAUUAUUCUUUCAUUUGUUAUUUAUUUAUUUUAAGUAUUUGUUUACAUCGCCAUUUUUAAUUUGUAUGCUGCUGCUCCCGACCUUCUGAGGAUCCUGUCUGGAAUGAGGACCCAGUGGUUAUGGUGAUAUGCCUAUUAUUUUAACCAUCUUGUAAGUAGAUUCAAUAAAUUGUUCAUUUUGGAUAUAAGAAGAUGUACUCUAUGUGUCCAUUCUUCUCUCUCCCUAUGUAUGCUUUGGAUAUGGAGUAAAAGAAAAUAGAAGAAAACAAUAUUGGAGAAGCUUAAGGCCUUCCAUCAUUCAAUUUUCUGUGAGUGCAACAUUGAAUAGCCUUUAAGCUCCCCCCUGACCUUAUUACACUAUUUUAGUUUUUUCUUGUUGUAGAUGUUCUUGUGCGUAUAGAAUCUGAAGCAGCCUGUUGUGCAAUUGACAUUCAACUAAGAGUGAAUGAGACCUAAAUGUUUUAAGUAAACGCACUUUGCGUAAAAUUACAGCCUUUUUUUCAUAAACUCUGUCCUGGCUGAGAUUAUCAAUGACGAUAGUCUCAGACAAUCUAAUGUUUCCCCAUGUACAGAAAUAUUGGGGGGCUAGACUUCCGUACACAUUAAACAAUAGAGAUAAAAGAUACUCUCUCCCUGUCAUAGAAUGACUCUGUGCACAUUAAACAAUAGCAGUAACAAUCAUCAUCUCCUUCUAAACAUGCAUUAUUUCAAUCUAAUAUUCAUUUUUUUUUCUUCCUUCUACAGAAAUUUCCAGUAAAUGUUUAAAGCAAAUGGCUAAAAAGAAGAAAAAAAAACCUUAAGAAAAGCUUUACGCAAACUUUUUCUCUGAAUGUUUGCACAUAAAAUACAGGGAAAAUACGGGAAGAUUAGUACGUAGAAUUGCCUAAUUUGUUUAGUCAGCAUUACAGCAUUCCUUUUUAUGCCUGGAUUUUGAAAAAACUGGCACACAGACAUUUCUAAUAAAAAAAAUAAAAUAAAAAAAAUCCAAGUAAAUGGUUGUUGUGCUUUGUGUUUAACUGUGAGGUCUUAAGGUUACAAUCAUUGUUGGACUACAGGGAUCAUCUUGAAGCAUAAAUAGAAGUUCCUCCCUUUUCUCUUCACCAGAAUAACUCAGCUGCCAGCAAACCCAGGUGCUCCUUAGACUAACAGAAGACUACAGGACACAAGCUGUAAGUAUCAGUCAAGUUUCUUAUGUCUGUGUGUGUACAGAAUAUGUCUACAUCAUACAAUGGUACCAUACAACUUUGCUAGCUUGUAUUUUAAUUUGUAUUAAACACAGUUUUGCUUUAAUUUAUUUUUACAAUCAGAUCUCCAGUUUAUUAUACUGCACAUUAUUUAUGGACUGUAGUUUUCAAUAAAUUCAAGAUUUUGGGAGUCACAACUGCAAAAAUCUAUAGUAAUUAAUCGUUUCACUUAUAUAUUUGCACAAUAAGAAUUUUGUGAAACAUUGUUUUCCUAACUCAUUUUCAUGGGAGAUGAUGAUGCUUGCCAUUCUGUUAACCAAAUGUUUUACUGAGAGUUGAUAAUGUUUGCUGUGCGCAAUGUUGAAUUUUGGCAAGCUUACUGCUGUGAGUGUAAUGUAGUAAAAGAAAAAUAUUGAGUUGUGUGUUUAUUUUUUUUUAUGUGCAGAAAAUGGACAACAUGAUUCUGGUCUCUAACUUCUGCAGUCUUUUUUUGAUUGUUUUAUCAAUCGUGGGUUAUUCCAGCUGUCUUCCUCGAAGUGAAGAAUCUAUUUGUACAGCAGAGGAGCUUGCUAAGUAUAGUAUAGUUUUUACUGGCAAAUGGAGUCAAGCUUCGUUCCCUAAACAAUAUCCCCUGUACAGGCCCCCUGCUCAGUGGUCACCACUUCUCGGUAAGUGAUUAAUACUCGCAGAUGAAAAUGAACAGAAUAUUUCAAGACGUAAGCUAAGAGUUAAUUGUGGAAAGUGUUAAGUAACUGGUUCCGUUCCAUUCCAAUAUGCAAGAACGCAAGAGGAAAAUUCAUGGAAGGGCUCCUAGCUACAGCAAUUAGCAUUUCAAUUCGGAUUACCAGGCCAAUCAUGGUUUUUCCAAGUACUGUUUCUGGGAAUCUAUAUUGAACUGUUUUGAGUAUUAGAGUGGGUGAGGGAUGCACUGAAAGAUUGACUGUGUGAAAGCUGGCAGGGUUACACAACCUGUGGUUGCUUGCAAUAAUCUAAUAGGACCUUUAUUUAUUGGGAAUUUAUAUUUUUAUAUUAAUAAGCAUAGGUAUUUAACGUAAGCCUAGAAGGGAGAUUAUAUUGGUUUCCUGCUAUUUGCUUUCAAUAUUGUGCAGUUUUAAAACAAAUAGCUCAAUAGCUAUGAUUGUAAGUUAGAAUUAAACUGGCUAUUUUGGAUAUAUAAGAGUGUCUGCAUUGCUUGUGAAGAUUUUUUUUUUUUUUUAAACUAGGGUAUAAGCAGUGACAAUGCUUCCCUGAAAACAGCAUCUAAGAAAAAACACGACUGUUCAUGUGCUUCUUUAACCCCUUAAGGACCAAACUUCUGGAAUAAAAGGGAAUCAUGACAUGUCACACAUGUCAUGUGUCCCUAAGGGGUUAACUGUGUAAUGACUCACCUCAUGGAAAUGUAUAGAAUGAUAGACAAAGUAAUAUUAUGUUAAUGUUUAAUGAAUCCCAUUAUGGAAAUGUAUAGAAUGAUAGACAAAGUAAUAUUAUGUUAAUGUUUAAUGAAUCCCAUUAUGGAAAUGUAUAGAAUGAUAGACAAAGUAAUAUUAUGUUAAUGUUUAAUGAAUCCCAUCAUGGAAAUGUAUAGAAUGAUAGACAAAGUAAUAUUAUGUUAAUGUUAUUAUUAUAUUAAAUAAUCGCCCAUGUGUUUUGUAGCUCAUCCAGCCUAUUUUUUUUUUAAUCAUGUUCCACUAACAGUUUUUGUGUUUUAUUAUGCAAACCUGUUGAUAACAGAUAUUUUAAGUGAUUUGACCCAUACAUAAGCAGGGUGUAUGUACAGUACACUGUGUGAUCAGUUGUUAUAGUCUAUAUGUGCCAUACACCAGUUAGAUAAGAUCUGCUUUAGCAGAUGUAAUCACUUUGUAUGACCUACAUGUACUUACUCUGGCAGUCCAUCAAAACCAAUGUGAAAGCAUUGCUGUAAAAAGCUGCAUCCACUGUUAAAGAUAGUAUUUAAGGGGUACUUCAAGCACUAGGACCUCUGACAGUGUCAUUGGGGUGUCAUUAGCCAGCCCACAGCUAUAGGCAGAACCACCAUGUGCUGUACAAAUGCAAGUCCAGCAACCUUGUAGGAGCCAAAUGGCAAGUCCAGUUUACUGGCAACUCCAGAAACAAUGUUUUAGGGCCAUCGUAGCUAUACAUUGGCAAGCUCAGAAAUCAUUUUGCAAGACCUUCAUCAUGCACCUUACAUUGGGAGACCCGGGAAUCAAGUGGCAAGAACGCCCAAAAAUCUGAGUUGCUACAUUUGUAAGAAUAGCCUGCAGUUAGUUACAUUGUGUGUACAUUGAGAAUCAAAGGAAGUGUGUAGGAAUACAUACAUUAACUAUAAUAUAUGAACUUGUGAAUUACACAUCUGAAACACAGAAAUUGAGCAUUCAACCAUAUGCAAAUGUGCCAAGCAGUUUAGAUUACACGGUUUGUGUUAUUGUGGAUGAAAACUAGUAAACAAUGAAAAAUGCAAUGCACUGUGGUUACGGACAUGUAUGUUGAUGACCUCAGACUUUUUCCAGCUGUGAAAAACUAUUUGGAAUUCUGACACACAGCUGGAAACUUACAAAUUCCAUUCAACAUUUUUCCUUAAACAACAAUCUCUAUACAAAAAAAAUUUCUACUUUUUCAUGACACAAGACUAAUUCUGUUAUUUUUUUCUGCUUGGUAGUUAAGAGAUUAAAGUGUUACUUCAAGAAUCAUAACCACUACGUCCCUGUGUAGUGCUUAUGAUGUGAGGAGUACCCUUUCCCCAUUUUCUGGUAACAAGGCAAACAGUUUUGCAACAGUUAGCCCUCUUACCCGGGUCCCUGCAGGUCAAGUGACCUGCAUUCACAUUCUACAGAGCUACUGAAGCCGGAUGCCGUUGUCAUUCAUUGGUUGAGAGCAUUAGCUGAUAAUGCCAAUGAAUGUAACACAGUGCAUAGAAAUAUGCACAGAAUUGACUUCCGCCUAAUGACGCAGCCAGAGAUGGAGUUGGAGUUACACCUCCAGCAACAAAGUUAAACUCAGUAUGUGCAGCAUUUCAUAACAAUAUACUGAACAUACAGACUCCAGGCACCAUGACAAAUUUUAAUCACUGAAGUGGUCAUAGUGCUUAGAGAAACCCUUUUAAAUAUUCCCAUUUAGCUACUUCCAUACUUUAAUUAGGUCAUUGUUAAAUUUCACUUAAUCCAUCCGGCAGCGGCAACUUGUUUUGCCCCUAUCUUGCGAGAUACAAAAUGACAAACAAGUGUCUUAUCCUCAUUUUAUUUAAUCAACUAAAUUUAAACAGAUCGCUUACUAUGUAUUUGAGUAUUGGUUUUGUAUCAUAUGCCAUGAAUAAUUCCAUAUUAUAUGUAAUGUGGCUAUUUCUACUAAGUACGCAUAUAGUUAAAUUGACUACUUUGUACAAAAUCUCAAGUUCACGAACAGAGGGACGGAAACUUAUCAAACUGUUCAGUUUAAGAAAGCACAGCACGUGACUUUUUUGGUAAUAAUAUAUGUGCCAAUGUAUUCCUACGACAGGAGCGACUCACAGUUCAGACUACCACAUGUGGAAAAAACAUGAGCCGGCCAGUAAUGGAGUGCGUGAAUUUGCAGAAAAAGGUGAAGCCUGGUCACUGAUGAAAGAAAUAGAAGCAGCUGGUGAAAAAAUUCAAAGUGUGCAUGGCAUCUUUUCAACAGGUUCCAUUACCAGUGGGACAGGACAAGCAUCAACCGAGUUAGAAGCACAUUCAAGACACCCAUUUGUAAGUACAGCAGCCCACCAGUGGUGGCAUUGGCUGGGCUCCUGUUUUCUAACACAGCACCUCUCUUCUUACGUGUUUAUAUGCUAAAUUGCAUAUGCCUAUCCUUAUUCCUUAGCUGCAGUAUGAUUGCUAAAUAGUGAAGAAACCUAUAGGAAAUCUGGGGUCAGUAGAAAAAGCUGUAAAAUGCAUUUUUGCUCAUACACACGUUUCCCCAUCACUCAGCCCAUGAGCUUCCCUUCACUGUUACAUUGCCUGCAGGAAGGACGCAACCCUUUAAUGGUUGGGCACGUUAUUAGUGAUGCAAGUUGUGCCAGUGACACACCACCAUGCAGCUCUGUGCUCGUCUCAGAAUUACCAAAGCUGGGUAGUAUGUUGCCUGUGAUGUGUAGAUGUGUAAAAAUUAUGCUCUCUUGUCCUAAUGGGUGUUCUGCUAGACACAUGGUGGAGCACUAGCACAAAGCAGUUCUAGUACAAAGUAGAACUGGACAAACAUUUCAGUCAAGUAGUUGCCAAUUUUAACCUCUUUUUCAGUGUUCAAUCAUUUACCAUUAUUAGCUUGAUUGCCUGUUAAAGGAACACUAUAGUGUUAAGAAAAAUGUAUUCCUAACGCUAUAGAGCCCUAGUCCCCGUUUAGGUGACAAGGGCCCCGUUCCUCAGCACUGGUGACCUCUCCUCCUCCAUUGACGUCAGCUUCCGAGUGGAGCCGAAUGCGCAUGCGUGGCCAGAGGUGUGCGCUCAUUCAAACCCCCCCCCCCCCCAUAGGAAAGCAUCAAUCAAUGCUUUCCUAUGGGGAUCUUUUUUGACAAUGGACUCCGUGAGGACGUCCCAGCGUCUAAUAAGUGUGAUUUAAUCGCGGAAGCGGCCUUCUCUGAAACUGCUAUGUUUACAUGUGAAGGGUUAAAACGUGAAGGACCUGGCUCAUUGAGCUGAAAUGGUCUGGGUGCCUAUAGUGGUCCUUUCAUUUUUAGUCAUUAAAGUGCAAUAAUUUUUCUCAAAGCUUAGUGCUGAUUUGGACUCUCCAGAUGCACCUGAGGUGCCUACAGUAAUUUGCUGGAUUUCUGUUAAUUUUACAGAAACACACAGAAUACUAUUACAGAGCAUCACAUCACAGCACACUGAUUAUUCUGUGCCUAAGGGCUCCUUUUACUGCAAAGAGAGUUGCAAGGAGUUCAGAACUGACUUGCAAAUUAAGGUCAAUAGAAUCAUCUUUGCUGCACAGGAUAUAUUCUCCCCUAAUUCAGAUAUGUAAAUGUUUUGUAAUUUUACUUUAUUGAAGUAUUUGCUCAUAGGACAAGACAUGUGAACAAUGUCAACAACGUUAUGUGACAAGAUAUGCAGUAGUAGCAUAAAUGUUACCUCAUUCUUGAAUAAAGAAUAGAAUCAAAGUGAAUUAUGAGUACAAUCUUAAGCAAAAUAAUAAACAUUAAUUGUAGUUCUCAUAAUAUAUCAUACUGCGAAGAUAAGUUAGGAAUAUCACUAGGUGCUAAGCACUAAAGAAAAAGCUGAAAAUUUACAUAUUAUGAAUUGAGAGGCUAAUAUAGGCAAGAGCAAUGUCUCUGGCCAAAACAGAGGUAGGAACUCAGCAAAUGCCAACCAGGCAGGGUUCUCUACCGUGAUGAGACAGUCAUUAAAUUCCACAGUAGGUCACCAUCCAGUCCCAGUCUCUUACAAUCCAGCACACUAUUCUCACAGUUUCAGUUGUAUUUGGUGAACAGUGCAGGAUUUGGGAUUUCCCCCAAAGUGCAGCCACCGGUACUGAUUGAGGGCCUCCUCAGGAUGUGAACUGUGCAGAGGGAAAUGAUCCCAUUUGGACUGCGGCCUAGUGGUGAUAAAGCAGGUAACUGGUGCCCCAGUAUUUAGGUCUCUUCUGCCAUGUCAUGUCAGGACUAUUCAGAACAGGCAAUGAUUGGUAGUGUGUUCGUGAAGAUAAAGGCCGGGUCAGCAUAGGCCCCUUCGCUCGCUGGCUUAGUGUGGCCUAAAACUGUGACCACAGUCUAUCAAAGGCCUGUGUUAGUUUCUCCUCAUGAGUGGUCCAAAUCACAGGAGCAUGUGGAGGUGUAGAUUUCUGAGCAGCAAAUCUUAAGAAGUAGGCCUCAGACGAUCGACUUUUCAUGGUUUCAAAAACACUCGGCAGAGAUCACGCCAGCAGUGGAGUACAGUAUAUCCCCCACAGGUUCAAAGGGGGGACAGGGCAGGGCUCAAAGAGAGCCUGGAAGAACUCUUGGCAGAGGAUCGGCUGCGACCCCCUUCUCAAGUAUGUCCGCAGCCACUGAGACAAUCUACCCUCUAAUGUGGCUUUGUUAUCCCAUACAUUUAGAGCAGGGUUACAUUUGAACCAAAAAAAAACCUGUUUGAACAUUUUGAAAUAUAGGUUUUUCCUAAGGAGCACCAGCUACAAACUUCUGUCUUAGAUGGCAGUCAGCAGCCCCCCCCCCCCACCCACAGUUCAGAUAUUUUAGUUUGCAAGUUAGUUAAAAGCUUAUUCUGCAGUGAAUACAUUCCGACGUUACAGAGGCUCAUAUAAGGAAACAUGUCUAACAUUGUACUUCUCCUAAUGAACCAAAAAACUAAAUUGCAGUACAUGUAUCAUAAAGGGGACACUAAGCACCAGAACCACUACAGCUUAAUGUAAUGGCUCGGGGGGAAAGAGACUGUCCCUGCAGCUUUAGCAGUGACAAAGUUCCUUUUCUUAGUAAAUACAUUGUUUGCAUUGCUGCUGGAUGACACCUCUAGGGUUUGUACCUCGGACAGCCACUAGAGAGGGUCCUGGUUUCGGUCAUGCUUCUCUGUAUGGAAAUGCCAAACGCUUACCAUAGAGAUGUAAUUAGUCGGUGCAUCUCGAUGGGGAGGUGCUGCAUGGCGCAGUGCAGCAAUUGCCACACAUGUGCUAUGCGGAAGCAUUACGGUUGUUGGAAUCAUCAGUAAUGAUGAUCUCACCCAGAGGAGGAGCAGCAACUGCACAAAGAUUGGAAGAAAGGUAAGUGAGGGCCCAAUUAUCAAAAUAGCUAGUGUAACACUCCUAACAUUAAUGUGUUUCUAUAAACAUGUAUUUUCCCUUUUGAAAGAUUGUAUUAACAGAUUUCAACUGACCUUCAUCUGUCAUUUUCCUCCUAAAUUAGGUGUCCUUCAUGGUGAGAAUUGUGCCAAGCCCUGAUUGGUUUGUGGGAGUUGAUAGUUUAAAUCUCUGCAAUGGAAAUCAAUGGAAACAAAGUGUAACAUUAGACCUUCAUCCGUACGAUGCCGGAACAGAUAGUGGAUUCACAUUUUCAUCCCCCAAUUUUGCUACAAUCCCACAAGGCACUGUUACAGAGGUGUGUUAUAUUUAUAUAUCACAAAAAUGCCUAGACCAGCAGUAAUGGCUAACGUUGGCACAUCAGAUCAUUCCGGACUACAUUUCUCUUGAUUUGCAUCUAGCCUCUAGACUGACAAAACACCACGAACAAUGUUGUUCAAUCUCACCUAAAGUGCAAAAAUUAGCCAUAACAGCCUGACAUUUUAUCUUUAGGUGACGGCACAUUUAUAUUUCAAUAUCACUGAGAGUAAGCAAUAUUGGAUAUUAUUAAUACUUUUAUAUCAUAGUAUAGAUAUUUAGUAAAGAUCUUUAUAAGCAUGUUAUCCCUUUUGUCAUGUUAUGUAAUUUGUGAUAUAAAACAGCCUGACUUACAGAAGUGAUUACAAUCCUUGUUUCACAAGUACAAAUAUACCAAGCCAUUAGUAUGGGUGGUAAUUAGUUGCGGUUUAUCUUUUCUACUUAUAAUUACAGCAAUCCAUCUUUAUGGAUAAAAUGUUUGAGCAUGAUAAAUAAUCAAUAAACAAGAGUCUAUUAAUAAAGAGUUCACAUUUUGUAGCUCAGAAUGCAAUAUGAAUAAAGAUCAGAUUGUUAGAAGUCCAGAUGUUUGCAUUUAUCUGAAUUACAUAAUUUAACAUACCAAAACCUAUUAAGUCCUGUGACUAGGGCAUUUUGGUACCUGUGUAACCUGCAGGUGCCCACUUGGACAAGAUACUUUUCAUUAUUAACAAGUCAAUUUAAAAUGUGUAUAUUGAUUAACCAGACUCUAAAUACAUUAUUAUCUUUCUUUUUGAUUCAUUCACAGAUUACAGCUUCAUCUCCAAGUCAUCCUGCAAAUUCAUUUUUCUACCCCAGGCUUAAGAAUUUACCACCCAUUGCAAAAGUGACGUUUACUAAAAUAAAGGGUAGGAUUGUGUCCUUCCUGGACAUACAAUCUAAUGUGACCGUAACAGGAAACGAGAUAGAAGAGAAUGCCUCAGGUAAAUAAUGGUAUAUUUUAUCUGCCUAGGUGUAACUUCAGGUUUAGACAUCAAAAUAAUGGUAAAAGGUGCACUGAGAAUGCAAGGGAAUGGUGUUCCCAUACUAUAUUUGAAACACUUUUUUGUUUAAAGUGACACUGCAGGUACUGUAAGUCUUCAUCUCAUUGAAGUGGUUGUAUUGUCUGGAGUCCCCUGUCGCUGUCCUUCCAUUCAACAUUUAACCAUUUUAAUGUUUUAAUGCUAAAUAAGAGUCCCCAGCAGCCCAUGCUCUCUGUGCUCCUUGGGCUAAUGACGAAGUAUCUGACUGACUGUGUCAGAUGAUGAAUUUUAAUCUAUCACAGCAACCACUGCUGGCACUAAUUUGUAUUGCUAGAAGAAAGUGUGUAAUCACUGCCGUAGUCAUACCUUUGGAGAUUGGAGAAAAGAAAAAUGAUUGGUGGAGAAAUACAUAAGUAUAGGAGAUGUAGGACCGAGACACAAAUGGUAAUGGAUAUGAAAGAAGACAACCUGGGGGUGGGGGGGAGGGGGGGGGGGUUAUAAUGGAGGAAAGGAAACAGGUUAAAAGAUCCAAGUGGGGGAUAAAUGGAAAUAUAUGUGGUCAGAGGAGGAACACAUGGGAAUGAAGUCAGGUUGUUCAAGUUAAUGGAAAACAAAAGCAAUGAUAUUUAUCACACUUACAUACACCCGUGCAAUCACACACUGUUCAAACACAUACAUCCAUUCUUUACACACUGACAGCUUUGCUUAAAGCUCUGAGCUGUGCAGGGUUUACUAGGUAUGCUUAUCAGUUUCACUGAAAUAGUGAUGACUAGCACAGGAUGCCAGAGACCAGCUACUCAUUAACCCCAGGUGCAACUCACAAAUUAAAUGUAAUAAUGCAAACACAGGAAUUUCAAAGGAGGUCUAUUUGUACAUGACAUUUUGUUAUAUAUUAUAUCCCUUUAAGAAGGCCAAGAUGUUGAUACAUUUUUACACUUAUUUAUUAGGACUAGAAGAGAUACAUUUUUGAACAGUGGCUAACUAUAUUCCCAUACUACAAAACCAGUAACAUCUCACCUUCUCAUAUCCGAAAUCUUUGGUCUUCUGUAGCCAAUUCAAUGAAAAAGAAUUAAAGGAGAUUUGUGCCUUAACAUGAAAAAAACUAAACAAUAUAGAAAUGUAAUUAGGACUCAUUAAUAUAUUCCACCACAAGGUAAAACAUACAAUGUGUACGGGUUUCUAUUUUAAUUUGCUGAGACGGGGCUCUCCGCUUGUGAAGACACAUCGUUCAAGUAAGGAACACUACAAAUAAAUAAAGCGCUUCAGCUUGCAGAAUUACUGUGUGUGGCUGUAGUUUUUCAAGUUUAUAAAAAUACAGAUUUCAACUGGGGCAGAAACACCUCCCCGGUUGUCAAAUAGCCAGAGAGGCUUUCUUCCACCUAUGUUAGCUCCACAGGUGUGCUAGAUUAGAGCAUCCCUGCCUUGCCCCUUCUCAAUGAACGGUACUACAGCUCAGUGAGAAGCAUUGGAAAGCAACAAUCAUUGGUGAAAUCCCUGGCACAGAUUAAAAGUUUAUUCCAGUGGAUGAGGGGAAGGCUUGGGAAGGCAUUAGGUGUGCAGCUUUUACUAUGUGUUUUUUCAUAUACACCCAAAGUGAAGGACAUUCACUUGAACAGAAAAGGCACGCUGUGCAUGUACAUGCCACACAGUUAAUUAGAUGGCUCAUCAUCGUACAAUUACUUGAAUGGAGCAAUGGAUGUUGUAGACUUAUUCAUUUAAGACAAAAUGAAACAACUCAGUGAAUAGGCAGAUAUAUAAAAUGAGAAUUUGAAGAACAACAUUCUAGCGCCAUAAAUACCACUAUAAGCUGUAGUUUUAUGGUGUUUGCAGUGUCCGUUUAAUGAGUUUGUAAUUUUUUCCUUGCUUCGUUAUUAUAUACAUUUGCAAAUUUAGUUUUUAAUUAACAGUUUAGUGAGCAAUCGUAAUAUUUGUGUUUUAAAAUAAAAAUUGUUCACUUUAAUGUAAUAACAAUGAGUAAAAUGUAAACUUUGAACUUGCCAAAGGACAUUGCUUCUGUGUCUACCAACUAGCCCCAGGCUAUUUCAAAUAAAAUACUACAAAAGUUGAACAUGGGCUUGAAUAAAGCUCCGCUGAUACCACAUUUCUUUAGUUCAUGGAAUAGUCUUCUUAAUUUUAAUUGUACGCUUGCCUUUUGUUCUAUUUUAGAAACACCGCUGGAUUGCGAGGUCUCCGUGUGGUCCCACUGGGGCCUAUGUAAAGGCAGUUGUGGGAGCACUGGAUUUAAAAACCGAACAAGAUACAUCCGAAUGAAAGCUGAAAAUAACGGAACUGCUUGUCCAAAACUUGAUGAACAAAAGGAAUGUGAACCCGAAAACUGUGUAUAGUUUGAAUUUAACACUAGAACAUAACUUAUUUUUAAAAGUAGGAUGAGUUUAUUAGUUAAAAAUAAAAGUACAUUUAACGCAAUAUACCAUGUGAUACUGGUAUUGCCUAUGACAAAGGUUCAUGUGAUAAUAAUCCCUUCUGGAUUGCCUAACAAUUUCAUCAGCUUUGUCUUCCGAUUUUAUGAACUUAUGUAGCACCCUCUUGUGGCAGCAUCUGGAACAUUUUCAACAUCACAAUUAUGCAAAAUUAUAUUACGUGUACAAAUGUAUAUUUAUAUGAGCUCAAAAUACAGCCAUGUCCAUAUUAAAGAACCAUUUUAAUUUAUUCCGUUUUCAAUAUUAUGUUCAAAAGUAAAGACAAACAAGUCAAUGGGACCUGAUGGAAUACACCCAAAGCUAUUAAAAGAGCUUAGUGGUGUACUAGCAAAACCAUUAACAGAUUUAUUUAACCAAUCAUUGUUAACUAGAGUAGUCCCAGAAGAUUGGAAGUUAGCGAAUGUUGUGCCCAUUCACCACAAAGGUAGUUGGGAGGAGUCGGGAGCCUUACUUCAGUAGUGGGAAAAGUAAUGGAAACCAUGUUAAAGGAUAGGAUAGCUGAACAUCUAAAAACACAUGGAUUUCAAGAUCAGAGACAACAUGGGUUUACUUCAGGGAGAUCAUGCCAAACUAAUCUUAUUGAUUUUUUUGAUUGGGUAACUAAAAUAAUAGAUCAUGGUGGUGCAGUAGACAUUGCUUACCUAGAUUUCAGUAAGGAUUUUGACAGUGUUGCACAUACAAGGCUUAUCAAUAAACUGCAAUCUUUAAGUUUGGAUUCCAAUAUUGUUGAUUGGGCAAGGCAGUGGCUGAGUGACAAGCAACAGAGGGUUGUUGUCAAUGGAGUAUAUUUGAAGCUUGGGCUUGUCACCAGUGGGGUACCUCAGGGAUCGGUACUUGGACCCACUCUCUUUAAUAUUUUUAUUAGUGAUAUUGCAGAAGGUCUUGAUGGUAAGGUAUGUCUUUUUGCAAAUUAUACUAAGAUAUGUAACAGGGUUGAUGUUCCAGGAGGGAUAAUCCAAAUGCAAAUGAUUUAGGUAAACUAUAAAAAUGGUCAGAGUUUUGGCAACUGACAUUUAAUGUGGAUAAGUGCAAGAUCAUGCAUCUUGGACAUAAAAAUCCAAAGGGCAGAUGAGUCCUAACCUCAACAUCUCAGGAAAGGGAUUUAGGAGUAAUUAUUUCUGAUCACUUAGGUAGGCAGACAAUGUAACAGAGCAGCAGGAAAUGCUAGCAGAAUGCUUGGUUGUAUAGGGAGAGGUAUUAGCAGUAGAAAGAGGGAAGUGCUCAUGCCAUUGUACAGAACACUGGUGAGACCUCACUUGGAGUAUUGUACGCAGUACUGGAGACCGUAUCUUCAGAAGGAUAUUGAUACUUUAGAGAGAGUUCAGGGAAGGGCUACUAAACUGGUUCAUGGAUUGCAGGAUAAAACUAACAAGGAAAGGUUAAAGGAUCUUAACAUGUAUAGCUUGGAGGAAAGACGAGACAGGUGGUAUAUGAUAUAAACAUUUAAAUACAUAAAGGGAAUCAACACAGUAAAGGAGGAGACUAUAUUUAAAAGAAGAAAAGGUACCACAAUCAGAGGAUAUAGUCUUAAAUUAGAGGGGCAAAGGUUUAAAAAUAAUAUCAGGAAGUAUUACUUUACUGAGAGGGUAGUGGAUGCAUGGAAUGGCCUUCCAGCUGAAGUGGUAGAGGUUAACACAGUGAAGGAGUUUAAGCAUGCAUGGGAUAGGCAUAAGGCUAUCCUAACUAUAAGAUGAGGCCAGGGACUAAUGAAAGUAUUUAGAAAAUUGGGCAGACUAGAUGGGCCGAAUGGUUCUUAUCUGCUGUCACAUUCUAUGUUUCUAUAUUAUUUUUAAAUAGCUGGUAUUACCUUUAUCACCUUGUCACCAUGCAAAUAUAAGAUGCAAGCAGUGAUUUUAGAAAUAGUAUAACCAUUCUAGGACUAAAUUAAUUUUUUUUUAAAUAAAAAAAAUGUACUGAUUCAUUUCUUUUAUGCAGCAGUUUGGUGUCACUUACUGUAAUUAUUAGUCUCUGUGAUAUAUUUUCAUUUUUAUCAUGCAGAUCAGCCCACAUCUAAUGCUUGCAAAGUCAUACAGAACUAUCAAUGAAGUGUUGUUUUGCAUAUACUGAUCUUUACACUUGCAUCAUAUACUGACAAGAGUUCGAGAAUUCAACUAGACAGGUAAAGUUUGAGUAAGAACUUUGAUGUUGGUUUCAAACCCGGCCUGAAAGUUUGAAACUGAUUUAUCAGUUUGAAAUUUGAGGUUCAAUGAAGGAAAAGCUAUUACAGACUGAAAGGAAGUUAGCAAGAAAGACGUUGACAUUUAGAUUGAGUAUAUUGUUUUUAACCGACUCACCUGAUGAAUUCUCAUCAUCCUAGGUACUGCCUUCAGGUACAGUGAUGAAGAUACACUGACAGCAAUGCAAAUGACUCCACUCUACCCCCACCGAUAUAGAGAACUGCAGUAUGAAGUGCAAUAUGCAAUAAGAACCUGCUGGCUGCCACCUCCAAAGUGAGGUUGUUUUAUUUUAUUAACAGCUGUGCAUUUACAAGCACAGUUCUCACAGUAGUCUAUGUGAACCAGGGUCACGGUCUCUCUCAAUCUUUUCAGCCUUUUAAACUGAUGUUUGAUUUUACAAAUUUGUCACGUUUGAGAGGUGGUCCUGUGUGAAUGCCACCAGACUUCACACAUGACUCUUCUCACAUGCCUAUCUUCCUUCCCUUCAGUAGACCUAUCAUUACAUUUCCUAACUACAGAUUUAUUGACCCACUUCACCAAUUAUGAUGUUUCCCUUUAUUGAAGAACACAGUGUUGUUUGAGAUGCCUUAUUCUUGCAUUUUCUGCAUGUUGUGUACAUGCAGGACUUGUCAUUAUCACUACACACACUGGCCUUUACAGUGUAUUGGAUGAAGUUAAUUUAUCUUCAAGCCAACAUUUUCAUGUGCUUUGCAAGCACAUGUUUCUCUGUCUCUUCGCUGGCCAACCUAAAAUGGUUUAAAUUUACAGAAUUAAGCAACUGAAUGGUUGUGCCUGGGAUUCUCAGAUAGAAAUAUUUUAUGUGUCUAUUAAGGCUCUCAUGUGGAACAUCUGGCCCUCUUUAUAAAUCUCCUUUAUUAUGGUGGAGACUGCAUCAUGAAGAAGGAAGUGGCUUACAAGUGUGCACAUUAAUCCUCUCUGGCUGUUAUUGGGUAAUAUUUUCUGGUGAUUCCUUUUCUCGUUUUCUGCUGGACCUCUCUGCCCUACAAAUUGAAAGCAUUACCUGCUUUCUACUGGCCAUCAUCUCAAACAUUUACAGUAUUUUGAUCUGACGGAAGAGAGAUCUUCCCUGCUGAGGUGAGAAUAGCGGUUCUCUUGAUGAUAAUUUUUAUUUUUGUAGAUUUCAAUUAGGUUCUUCCUUGAUGGUAUUGUGCUCAACACAGCUUUGAGCUUUAUUUCACCUAUAGUACCUUUUUGAGUUUUCCCACCACUGUUCUUUCUUCUUUUCAUUAUGUUUCUUUACCAGAGCUAGUAUUCUAGAUUUUUUGAUAUGUGGAAAUAGAAAGGAAGGAUUACAUGAAAUAUAGUAGAGACUAAAUGGCUUACAGUGUGUGUGUGUCCUACAAUAGGGAUUAAAUGGCUUAUAGACCAUGUGUGAGACUCGUGUGGACUUCCUAUAGACUAUAAAUACUAAUUAUUCAAUAAUCUCUCCAACACCUACUCCUUUCUCUCCUUCCUUAUGUACACUUUCAGCAAUUCUAGGUUGUUGUAAACAUUUGCUCUGAAUUGUGUCAGCCUAGCUUUCUCUAAAGCUUUCUUUUUGUCACUAGUUGAUUGUCUGCAACGAAACAGGACAUAAAGCAAAAAUAUCAACAGUUUGUAAAUAAUAUUUAAAUUGAUGGUUCAUGAUAUGCAUUUAAAAAUAGUCUUUAUGAUUAAAUUCUCAUUACCUAAACUAAAAUUCUCUCUACCGCAACUAGCCUUAAAGUGAGAAUAGUGUUGCGGAGAAUGAGGAAACCUGUUUUGCUAAUUAUAUAAAAGCCAUGAAGACGAAGCAAAUGUUUACUCAAUGAGCAUAGACAUUAAUGAAGUAUAUUUUCAUAGGAAAUGUAAAAUGUUUUUUUAAACGUGGAAAACUACCUGUAUCAGUAAUUAUAAUCAAUACAGUUGUGUACACAGUCUGACAAGAGAAUGCUACCGGGUAAGCUUAAGAGAUACGCUUAGCUGGUAGCCAUCUUGAAGGUACUGGCAUGUGUUUUUCUUCAUUCAAAAUCAAACUUUAUUUAACAUUCUCAGUGUGUGUAAACAGGCCAUUAAAAAUGGUGCAGAGGAUGAACAUUAAUCAUGAACACUGAUUUUUCUGUAAUUUGAAAAUAUCUAGAAAAAAAUACUUUAUUUUUUUUCUAUACUAUUUAAUUUUACUCUGUUUAAAAUACAACAUAACAUACAUUCAGCCAUAGUAAUGAGAACAGCAGAAAAAUGUAAUAUACAAAAAUAUAGAUCAUGCCCCUUAAGGCUUUGUUUAUGCAGCUAUAGCCACACCUCCCUGCAUGUGACUUGCACAACCUUCAUAAACACUUCCUGUAAAGAAAUAACUUAUGUUUAAACUUCCUUUAUUGCACUAUGUGUUUCAUUUAGCAUUUCUUAUCUUCUGCUCAGUCAAUAGCAUGCAGGAGCCUUCAGUGUGUGACUAAAGUUCAAUGUAUAGUACAGGAGAUAAAAACUCCUAACGUAAGUUUAAGAUCUGAUUGUAAAUGAAAAAAUGUUCUUAUGUUGGCUGUAUGAGUGACAGCCAGGGAUGUUGUGGCAAGGGCUACAUUAACAGAAACAAAUGUGAUCUAUCUCCCUAAAGGCAGAUAUUUGAAUAGUGAGGCAGGGGAAUGAUCUACACACCCAAACUGCUUCCCUAAGUUAAAGUUGUUUUGGUGAAUAUAGUGUCACUGUAAAAUUACUGACUUGUUGUUUUUAAUGGUUUUAUGAGAAUGACUUUUUAACCUAAUAUGAUGCCAUGCCUUAUUCAAAACCAGCUGUAUCUCCAAUCAUCAAUAAAG